AUGUCAUCCACCCCACAACCUACUAACAAUAACCCGUUUCUAGACACUAUGGACACCGAACUAGAAGUUGUUUCUGGACCUGAGGUAUACCAAGUUGUAUUUAGACAUCUGAAUUGCAGAAGAUGUCCCCAGUCUGAAGACACGCCAAGUUGUGAGGCGGCUAUGGAGUGGCAAUAUGAACCCAAGGAUGGCAUCUCCCCCGAUUCACAUAUAGCAUUAAGUCUGUCGAAAAUUGCUCGAGAUCUACAUCAUGAAUCGGAGGGAUAUAUAGCGGCUCUUCAAAUGGAGGCAUAUGUUGUCUGGAACAAUAGCCCUCCUGAUACGGUACGAGGCGAGAUUCGCCAGUCUGGUUUAGCACAGCAAACCUGCAAUCUCGAUCUUCCUUACCAGACUCACCUCGAUUGUAGAGACCUUACACUGAUGCAGCAGCGUAACUGUGGCGACUUCAUUCUGGUAGAGUUCAGGGACAGCCACAUCGAUGAAGACGAAAGGAGAGGACGAAUGUUGCGAGCGCUGACCAAGCUUGCCAAGAAAGCUAGUAGUCAUUGCAAUAGGUGA